AUCAAACAAAAAAAUGACAGCUCUAAACUAAUUUGUGAUGAAAUUGUUUUCCAAGUGAUUUUUCAUGUAAUUAGCCAGAUAACAAUCCUGUAAACAAUGGAGGCGGUGCCCAAGUUGCCGUUGUUGAGUUUCGAGCUUAAAGUGAGUCCGGAGACCACACACUUUGGGCCGAAACUUAAGCAGUACAUUGCGGAUGCGUACAGGGAAGACCCUGAGAGCUAUAGCAAUGAGAUGCAUCAGCUGGAAAGCCUGCGGUCGUCCGCCGUAAGGCCUUCCAUUGACGCCGCAGGUCUCAGCGCGCUAUACAGAUAUUUCUGCCAACUCAGAGCCAUCCAGAGCAGGUUUCCGAUGGCUAAAGGGCAACCAGCGUCUUGUACGUUUGCCUGGAAAGACCUCUAUGCAAACAUGAGUAGUCCCCUAGCAGACAUUCGUUUCGAAAUGGCUUGUAUACUGCACAACAUUGGGGCUCUCCACACCCAACUCGGGGCCUCAGAACCCCGUACAUCUCCGGAAAGUCUCAAAGCGGCAUGUACCCACUUCCAAAAUGCGGCAUGGGCCUUUCAGCUGGUGAAGGAACAGUAUCCGCAGCCAACAGGGUUGGAUGUGUCACCGGAAAUGAUGACACUGCUGCAGGAGAUCUGCUUUGCUCAAGCGCAGGAGUGUAUACUUGAGAAGAGUAUUCAGGAUACUAGGAAACCUAGUGUUAUAGGUGCUGUGGCAACCCAGGUGAUGUUUUUCUACCGAAACUGCCUGAACCACCUUGGAGCAUCAACAGGCUCCGAGAAUGUCCAUGAAAUAAUCGGCGGCAAGCUCUACAACUUCUGGCAUCGGUUCCUGUCGUUCAAAUCAUUUUAUAUUAGCUGUAUUGUAUGCUUAUACCAAGGAAUGAACGCCGAAGAACAACAGAAGAUGGGCGAACGCGUAGCCUUCUACCAACUCGCGGUAGACAAGCUAGCCGAAGCCCAGAAGCUCGCCAAAUACGUAGAACCGGUCCAGGUCACCAAGGAAGCCCUAACGUUCACCAACGAUGUGGUGGAGGGCAAGAGGAAAGCGGCGAAGAAUGAGAACGAGUUUAUUUAUCAUGAGGAGGUGCCGGAGAAGGAUUUGCUGAUGGAUAUGAAGCCGGUGUGCUUGGUUAAGGCUUUGCCGGUCAAUUUGAAUGAUCCAGAGGUAUCAGGCCCCGACAUAUUCUCCCGCCUGAUCCCAAUGGGCGCUCACGAGGCAUCCUCCGUCUACUCUGAAGAGAAGGCCAAGUUGCUCCGGCAAGUGGUCGGCCAAGUGGAAGCCAAGAACACUGAGCUUACCGAGUUCAUGUCCUCAUUGCAGCUCGAUCAGCUUGAAGUGCUGGAUUCUGACCAGAAGAUCCCUCAAGAGAUAGUGGACAGAUGCGCAGCUAUGAACGCCAAGACUGAAGUUAUUCAAACGCUGGUGGACUCUAUGAAUAACCUCGCUGAGAUCAUCAGCGACGUAGAAAACUCACUCGCUGAAAUCAAGACACUCAUUCAGGAAGAGACUCUAAAAGAAAAAGAAUUCCAAAAAGUGAUGGGACCUCGCCCACCCUCCAUAGUUCAAACCGAACUAUCCAGAGAGUUCCACAAAUACCAAGAGGCUCACGCGAGAACUAACGAGUCCAACCAAGUUCUACAUAAGGCUAUGACGUUACAUAUAGCUAAUCUGAGGCAGCUGGCGGUACCCUUAGAUGUACUGCAGAGUAGGAUACCUACUAUUGAUAAUAUUGAGGGCCUAGACCGCGAAGCGAUGACGGAAAUGCGUCGCGUCGUCGGCAAAGCGCGCCACAUGCAAGCGCAGCGCGACCAACUAGUCGGCUCUUUACGUGCCGCCGUGGCUGCCGAUGACGUCACAUCUGCGUUGCUGGCGAGAGCUACGGAACCAAGAGAUCAGCUGUUUGCUCAGGAGUUGGCUAAGCAUGAUGCGCAGGUGAAAAUAAUAGAAACGAACCUUGCGGCUCAAGAGAACAUCAUCAACCGCCUGACUUCGCUAUAUGCUUCGUACGGAGAGUCGCGACGCAUGCUAUCAGACUUGCUGAGGAAGCGAGAGAGCAUUAUUAACGCCCUCAUAACAUCAUACGACACGUACGGAGAGCUGCUUGGCAAAUGCCAGAAGGGCCUGGAGUUCUACAAAAAGUUGAGCCACAACGUCAACCAACUUCUUACGAGAUUGCGAGGAACUUGCCAAGUUCAGGAGGAGGAGAGGGAGUCACUGCUUGCCAAGAACAAUAAGGGUAGUAAAGCGGCGACCCCCGCACCGUCUUCGCCAGCAAGAAUGGAGAGGUCUGAGAGUGUAGAGCCUCGGAGCGAGGGUUCCGGCCUCAAACUGAAGGACUACCUUCCUUAUAUGAAGAAGAGACAACUGCCCAAGACUCCUCAAGGCACAGGUCAACCAGAAACGCUACCACCAGAAGCAUACUACCCGGAGUCGAUAUACCCAACCUCCGUGAGGCCAGCUCCUGUUGGAUCAGAAGCAACCGACCCAACUCAAAUGCAACUCCCAGACGGUGUGAUGCCUCAAAUGAUGCCGAACCAGUAUUCCCGCUACGGCGCUCCCUACUCCCAAGAACCUGAACCUUACUCCACCCCCUCAAACUUCUCCUACGGCUCCAAAGGAUAUGAAAAACCAGAGGAAAACCCUUACUACUCAGCCUACACCCCUCCCCAAUACUCACACCAAAUGACUAACCCACAAACAUAUGCCAACCCAUACUAUUCUGGCUCGCAAGAUAGUGGGACUAUAGUCACAGAUUCCCAAAGUACCUCCUACGCUAUGCAUAGCCAAGCUAACUCUAAUAUCCCAAGUAAUAGCCAAAGCGUACCAAGCAGCGCGCCAACCACUAGCCAAACUAACACUCCAUACAUCUACGAUAUGUACGGACAAAAUCAAAUAGCACCAAUCCCUGAGAACCCUUCAAUGACUUAUUCAGGACAGGACUUGACAGCUAACUUCUCUCAAAUGCAAGUUUCAGCCCCUAAAGAUUACCAACCAUCGACGUUCGGUAAUGAUUAUUCCCAAACUUACUAUAGCGUUAACUACCCACAAGCAGCCACCCCUAACAUGGCUACAUACAGUAACGCUGAACAAAACAAUACUAAUACUAAUUCUACGCAAAGUACUGAUUAUAACACUUUGAAUUAUCCAUACAGCGAAGUGCCAUACGCUCCUAAUUCUGCGUCUACGUACGCACCCAACGCAGUUUCAACGUAUGCACCCAAUUCGGCUUCGACUUACGCACCCAAUUCUACGGCAACUUACGCACCUGCCUCCGUUGCUUCAUAUACCGCAAGCGUUGCCAGCUCUACGUACGCCCCUAACUCUUCAUCUACUUACGCAGCCAAUUCCACAGGUGCUGCGUAUACCCCAAACUCUGCUCCUAAUGUGUCUGCUUUUAUUUCCGAGCAAUAUAAUUACACAACAGGCUAUGAAACAUCAUCACAAAACUACCCCACAUACACAAACGCUGAUACCACAGCAUACGUUACCACCACAGUCACUAAUGUCCCAGUUUCCAUCGAGUCUACGUACAACCCGCCGGAACCAAACCCAGCUCUGUCCCAAAUAGACGCCUUCGACCAACCAAUCAAAUCCCACGUCACCGGCGAAGCUUUAAACUACCCCAAAUACCAAAGCUACGAGCCGAGCUACACCCCCACCCCUACCCAAGAAGCACCACCGAGUUCUAACUACCACCAAGACCCAUCGAAUGUGAACUACGCGCAUACCUAUCAAAAUCAUCCUGGAUACAACUUCAACCCAGGAACAGGCGCUUAUGACUACAACUAUGGAUCACAAAAUUCUUAUGCCAGCUACGUUCAACCGAAUAUAGAGAAUACAAAAGAUCCAAAUUGGAACCCCCAAGGAGUCUACACAAGCGCUGGGGCGUGUGAAACUCUCCAAUCCCCUUCAGAGACCCCACAAACACCACAGCCAAGCGAUAACCAGACUUACUACAACACCCCGUAUGGAUACAUCACUAAUACUAACCAGUCACAAGUGAUGGUAUCUAAUCCUGAAGUAACGACUACCAAUUAUGGUGCCAAUGUAAAUCAGUCGACUUAUAUGCAGUCGGGGGAACAGUACAACACUAGUGUCACCUUUAGUAAUAAUCAAGCCACGACACCUAAGGAAGAAAUACCGGAGCCGACUUUUGAGGCAAAACCAGAGCCAAUCCAAGGUCCUCCAGUAGAAGAACCUACACCAAUAAAAGAAGAAAUUGAAAUGGCUCCUGAGCCUUCAGUUUUCGACUUAUUAUCAGACAUAGAUUUCUCCGUCGAGCAGACACCUCUAACGCCUCAAAUAAAAGUGCCACAGAUAUCAGAAAGCGCAAUAAAAAAACCGAUACAAGUGCCUAAAGUUGAGCCAACUCCUAAACCAGUGCCAAAAGAAGAGGUAAUACAAAGACCGGCUAAGAGAGACCUGUUUUCGGAUCCUAGUUUACUAAAUAGCUUUACGCAGGAAGUGAAGAAACUCCAGGCUUUAGUUGACUCGUUGACUAAUAAAGUGCCGGGCGGAUUGACGCUUUUGGACUCCAAAUGGAAGUCGUUCCAAGAUUUACAAAAUAAAGAAAACAUGACGCGAUCAAAGAAUAUCGCGAAACAAUACAAGAGUGGUAACAUCGGGCCCUAUGACGACUCGCGUCUAACGCUCAGGAGUGACCCUAACGCUUAUAUCAACGCUUCAUAUUAUAAGCAACUGUCUCCGUGGUGCAUUCCCCUGGUGAUAUCCUCGAUGCCUGAAGAGAGGAGCUACAGCGUUUUCUGGAAGGCGGUGGUCGAGAAUAAAAUCACAUCAGUCGUUUGCUUGCUGAGCGAAAUUGAGAUGCAAGGGAAAUUCUACUGGCCAACAGCAAAGGGCCAAUCUCUAGACCUGCCCGGUGUCAAAAUAGUACUGGAUGACGUCACAUGCAAUGUACAUUGGACUGAACGGAAUCUAACCGUGACGCACGGAAGCACUGUGCAUAAAGUCAACCAUUAUCAGAUCAGCGUGUUCCCAGCCAAAAUCGUCUGCUCUCCUAUCAUCCUCCUCGUGGACGAGAUCCUCUCGGAAACCUUCGAGAACCGUCUCAGCAACCAGCUCAGCGGCGCCUGGCUGCAGUGCGGGCCGGGCGGCGGGCGCAGCGCGCUGCUCGCGCUGACUGUAGCGCUCGCGUGCCAAGUGCGCGCGGGGCAGCCGCAGCUGUGCGAUACGCUGGACGCGGCAUGUGCGAACCUCUACAAGCACCGGACUGACGUGCUAGAAGACACCAAGUUCCUCGCUGAUGCUUAUAGGACGGCGCUGUUCUACGUGCAAGGAGUGCUUUGUUCUGGUACGACAUCAUUCAACGGCGAAGCCAUCUCCGUCCCGACCGGCGCGUCCGUGCUCCCGCCACCCCCCACCACCCCCGCCCCUUCCUCCCAGAGAACCAAGUUCUCGCGAGAAUCCUUCGAGGAGAUGAAACAGUCGCCCGGCCUCAAGAGCGGAGAUAUGAAGGACCCGCUCAAUUUCCUCGACCCACUCUGGAGUUUGAAGAAGAAAUAAAUGUAUUUUAGAUUUCGAUGUCUUGUAGUAAGGUUCAUUUUAGUUGAGAACGCGGACAAUUUACGACUAUUGUAUUGGUAUUGUUUUGGACUAUUGUCAAGAUAUUAAUUCGACCUGGACAUCCGUAUUACCUACAUCCAAACCGGCUACCUCUGAAGAACUAUGUUCUCCCGAGAAUGGGCAUAUGAAGGACCCCCUGAUGGAGGCUAUGGACCUUGAAGAUGAAAUAAUCGAUUUUAGACUUUAUUUCUUCUUCAAGCUCCAUAGCCAUCGAGAAAGUUGAGGGGGUAAUCAUUGGAGUUAAGUUCUUUUUAGGAACCGGAUAUCGAUAUGAACGAUUACCGGAAAGUCUUCAUAGGCUAAUGUCAAUACAUUACAGCCUGGUAAAAAAGGAGUAGAGUAUAAUAGAUCGCCGUAACAAUGUAAACUGUUUUGCAUGUGACAACUGUUGAGUCACUUUUGUAUGUGAACAGUAAGUAUUGCUAUGAUAAUACUACAUUACGAUACUACUUCCUUUUUUACGCACUUGUAUCGUAAUGUACCGUUUUGCCAAGCUUUAGUUGUAGCUAUUUUAAAAUCGAGAAAAUCCUCAACGAAAGACAUGACACUCGAUAGAAUCCUACUUUUGUACCUAUAAUUUAAAUUAUAUGAAAUAUUUAAAUAUUGUACGUUUUAUCGUAAGUCAUAUAAAUUUAUAGAAGAGUAGUUAAAAUAAUUCCAUCAAUUUUCGACCCGUAAAUUAAGGAAUAAGACUGUUCGAAUUUGGACUGUAUUGCGGUAUGGAGAGGUUGGUUUUUAAAUGUGAUAAAUUAUUCGAUUAAUGAUAAUUAUGAUAGGUAUAUUUUCACAUUUUCUUUUAAAUUAUUUAAUCGUAUUUUAGUUUCCUUAAUAGAUUAUUGUAGUAUAUCCUUACUGAUCUUUAGCACUUGCUAUCUUUUAGUAAAUAUACUUCCUUUCACUAAUAUUUUUCGUUGUAGGUGAAUAGGUUAUAAAGAGGCGAAUUGAACUAAAGAUAACUAAUGCGAAAAAUAGUUUAUAACAUCAAAUUUUGAAUCUUAUCCUAUAAUACUAAAGUUGUUUUUUUCUAAGCGCAACCAAUACUAUAAAUAUUUAGUACUUUUGGUUUGCACUUCUUGGAGAAAGAUCUGUUGACGAAAUUGCGUGAGGAAAAUAAUAUAAUCCGGGAUAAAUAUGUAAAUGCACAUCGAAAUUUUACAAUACAUUUUAUCUAUCCCUGUCAAAAUCAAUACCCUGGCAAGUAGACGUUCAGUAAUGUAUGUGAAAGCAAUAUAAAAAGAUUAUUAAAUGUAAUUAAAUCGAUACACGUGAAAUCAUCAAUAUUAAAAUCAUUAGUGUCGUUUCUAGACCAAUAUCAAAUAAGAAACUAAAGUAUUUAUUUUAUAAUUUUAGUAUUCAUCUAUCAGUAAGUUAUUGUUGUUUAAAUUUAGUAUGUAACGUCAUUUUAGGUUAAAAUUACUAUUCAUAAAUCAUAAAAUAUUUAAAUGCAAAUUUAAACAGGUUAUGGAUAUUAAAAAUAGUAAUAAAUGUUUAAUAGUAUCUUUUUAAUGUUUGGUCACACUUGUCACACGUACCGUGAUGUAAUUGUGAGAUGUGCGUAUAAUAUAGGUUUAAAAAUCGUUAGCGUAAAUCAAAAGAUUUGAAAUUUAUAUGUAAACUACAACAUUUUAUAACCAUACAACUAUGAAAUGCAUUUAAAAACCACUUAUAAGUUUUUGUUUUUAAUAUUUCAGUCGAGUAAUUCUAAAAAGCCUUAUUAAAAGGUUUACAAUUUAUAGAUAAAUCACUUUAGUUUAGCGACAUUUAUUAUAUUUAAAGAUUGUAUGGUCAUUGAUCAACGUAGAUAGUAUCUCAGAAUAAUAAAAAAGUUGAAUGUACAACGCUGGUUAAUUAAUGGACUUAUCGAAAUUUUUACCAAAAUAUUCCAGUUUACAAUGUACCUAUUGUUUGUAUGUAAUGUUUUAUAGUUCAUCAAAUAAAUGUAUGACUGAAUA